AUGAAGAGUUUCGAAUCAAUAGGCUUUCCCGCCGACGUUCCCCUCGUCGUGGCCAGCACAAGCACAUCCGCCGAUGUAUCGACCAACAAGCCGGUUGACGAGCGACCUCGCACCAGCCUCUGGUGCAUCCUGGCCUACUCCGCGCCCUCGAUGCCUGUUCAAGCGUUCUUCACCAUGUUUACCGUCUAUCUGAUACCGUAUCUCACAUCCGAGCUCGGCUUCACCGUCUCCCAGGUCUCGUUGGUCCUGCUCGCCGGCCCGCUUUCAGGCUUGACGGCGGCCCCCGUCAUGGGCGUCCUGAGCGACCGCUCCGGCCGCCGCCUCGGCCUUUUCACGACCGGCUGCGUCGCCAUGGCCGCCUGCCAGGUCGUCCUGGCGUGGUCCCGCGAGCUCGCCGGCGGCGACCCGGCCGCGGCCAGAUGGCUGAGCGCCGUCGCCGUCUACCUGGGCUGCAUCAGCGCGCGCGCUUCCAUCGUCGGCCACCGCGCCAUGGCCAUUGACAACAUCCCACCCCGGCAGCAGCCUGUCUUCAACCUGGCGAGCGGGCUCAUGUCCGCCUCGGGCGCCAUCACCACGCUCGCAGUUGGCCUCGUGAAGCCUUCCUUCCGGGCCAUCACCGCCAUAUGCGCCGUCUCCAUCACGCUUAGCAUCUUUCCCUUGUGGGCUGUCCGCAAGCCGCGUAGGGCGCAUCGCCGGCCCGCUGUCCGGGCAGAGAGCAACCGCUUCGGGGCGUUGUCGGCCGUCUUGUCGGUGCCGCGGGCGGCCUGGGAUGCAGCGCGACAUCUUCCCCCCAGGAUCCGCCGCACAUGCAAAAUCCAGAUCCUGUCCCAGUACGCGUGGUUCCCCGUCUCUCACUACUUGAGCAAAUACCUCCAAGACAGCUAUGUCGCCACUCGUGGAGAAGGCUCAGAGGCCGUUGCGCCGGAAGUCAGCGCGCAGGCCGGCGUCCGCGUCCUCCUCAUCGCCGAGGUCGGCGCCGUUCUGCUGCAGAUGACGGUUGUCCGCUUCUGGGACGCGUCGUCGACGUCGGCGAGCCCCCUUCGUCGGUUCAUGGACGAGGACAUGGUGGCGCUGCGGCGCGUGUGGGCCCUGGCCUUCGCGGCGCUGGGCGUGUCGACGCUUGCCGCCGUCUUGUUCCGUGCUUCGUUCGCGUCGGCGUCCAUCUGCGCCGCCAGCAUCAUGACCAUCUCGCCCUUGAGUGUCUGGGUGCCCUUCACCAUCAUCUCGUACGAGGCAGCCGUGGUCCACGGAGAGAAGGACGGCGACCCGUCGACCCCGGGUACGUCGGCAACCUUCCUUUCUCUCCAUGAGAUGGCCAUCACAGUCGGCCAGAGCCUGGCUGUCUUGAUGAGCGGCGUCAUCAGCUUCGCGCUCGAGCACAUGGACACGGGAGCUAGGAACACGACGGCGUUUCUGUUUCCUCCCGCCGUCGCCGCUGCCAUGGUCGCUGCCCUCCUGUGCUGA